GUGGAUGCCAGCUCCUCACCAGUGGUGGCACUGGGGAUGACAGCGAUGAUGAAGAUGAUGUCCUUCACGGAGCUGAAGCAGAAUGUUACAGCAGAAUGCGCAAGACAAAGCGCCUGCUGUCUGUCCAUCCCUUUGAUUUUGAACUGGACUCGGAGUACUCUGCUCAAUCUCGUCGCGAGUCUGUCCAGCUCUCUCCAGCAGCCAGCAGCCCGGAUGUUUUCCAGUCCUUCCCAGAUUUCCCCAGUGCAGCUGAAGAUGCCUCCCCAAAGGAAUCCAGGAUCACGGAGGCAGAUCUGGUUUUCCACCACGUCUUGCAGGAACAGGGAGCGGGUGUGAGCCCUCCGGAGCAGCACUUCAGCACAGAGGUUCGGCUCACUGUCAAUUCACGGAGAAGGAGCCUGGAAAGAAAUGUAAAACCUG